AAAAACCUGUAAGAGUUAAAUGUGCACAAAAACCGUAAGCACGUGCCGGCACUGGUAAGGGAAAAGCCCGAGGAUUCAGGGAUGGCCAAGGCCAGAAGCCUACGACCUCGUCGGGUGGCCCCGGAGGCACGGCAGGUGCAGUGGAAGCUCGGAGAAAGCGGGGGUCCCCGGCCUAAGGGCGCGAGGCCCUGAAAAGGAAGCCGAGAGUUCCUCCACUAACCCACGCUCAGAGGUCACACAUUCAGAUCCUGCGGUGUUGGGGUUCGUCAUUUCACUUCACAGAGGACUUCGCGAAAGGAGGAACAGAGAGUCCCUGCGUUCAUCCCAGAGCAGGCGGUGAGCCGGACCGCCGGGGGUGAGGCUGGAACCCGAGCGGGAGGGACGUGCGGUUUGGGUCUCCCGCGUCCCGCAGCCGGAGCCUGACACCGCCCCGCGCCGGUGAGGCAGCAGCCUGGCGGCGCCGCGGGGCUCACGGACCGCGGCGGCAGCGGCAGGCCCGGGGGCCGGGACUCACCUCCGCGCGGCUGAGCGCCAUCCGGGGCGGCGGAGGACCGGCGCGUCGCGGUUCCGGCGUCGCGUCACUCCAUGGAUUCUUUGGGGCAACCUAAACCAGAAGAUAACCAGUCCGUAGUCAGCAGAAUGCAAAAGAAAUACUGGAAAACUAAACAAGUCUUUAUCAAAGCAACAGGAAAAAAGGAGGAUGAGUACGUGGUGGCAUCUGAUGCCGAACUGGAUGCUAAACUUGAGGUUUUUCACUCUAUUCAAGAGACAUGCACUGAACUUCUGAAGAUAGUUGAGAAAUACCAGCUAAGACUCAAUGUUAUAUCAGAGGAAGAAAAUGAACUAGGGCUCUUUUUAAAGUUUCAAGCAGAACGGGAUACAACACAAGCUGGCAAAAUGAUGGAUGCCACUGGCAAGGCCCUCUGUUCUUCAGCCAAGCAAAGGUUGACCCUGGAUACUCCCCUGUCUCGUCUUAAGCAAGAAGUAGCAACAUUCAGUAACAGGGCAGUGUCUGAUACCUUAAUGACAAUUAAUCGGAUGGAGCAGUCACGCACAGAAUACAGAGGAGCUCUGCUGUGGAUGAAAGAUGUAUCCCAAGAACUGGACCCAGAUACCUUGAAACAGAUGGAAAAGUUCAGAAAAGUACAGAUCCAAGUGAGAAAUAGCAAAGCUGCUUUUGACAAGCUAAAGAUGGAUGUUUGUCAGAAAGUGGAUUUACUUGGAGCUAGUUGCUGUAAUAUGUUGUCACAUUCACUCACUACCUACCAGGUACCCACCUCCAUGAGAACACUGCUUGGAUUCUGGGAGAAAACAGCUCGAAUCAUGGCCCAAAUCCAUGGGGCCUAUAUUGACUUUCAUCCAUAUGAUUUUAUAGCUCUUCAGCAGCUACAAGGCACUCCAAGCAAGUUUACUGAAGACCACAAAGAACAAAUAGAAGACAAUUCUGUCACUGAAAAUUUCAAUAAGUUAGUUUUGUCAGAUGAGAAACUCAACUUGGGAAGUGAACCAGCAGCUGAAGAUCACAAGGAAAAAGAUUUUCAAGGAAGAGAAUUUGAAGCACAUCAGUUUUCUAACUCUGAAAAUGGAGUUGCAAAAGAUUUCCUGGUACAUUCAUUGGAAGAUGAUUUUGAGAGGGAAUUCUCAUUUCUCAACAACCUCCUAAGUCCUGGUUCUUCAAGUACUAGUGAAUUUGCCCAAGAAUGCCAAGAUACCUUUGGGAGCCCCAGCGCCAGUCUCAUGUCCCAGAAGCCUUCUGUGGUGUCUGAGCCUCUUGGUCAUGCCUCACGAUUUCUUCCUUCACAGCUUUUUGACCUUGGCCUCCAUGCUGACAGAGCUUUCAACAGCUGGGCCUCCCAAGGGGGAUUAGAACUUCCAUUUUCAUACAUUGACAACCAGCCAGUGCCUUUAGAGAGUCCAAAAAAACUAACAAAAUCUAUAGCAACUUUAAAACACACAGACCUUGAGGAUUCCAGCCACUAACUUCCUUGGUCAGGAGCAGGUUGGUGCCUAACCAGCUCUUCGCCCUCAGAACCAAGCUGCCAGCUGGAGCAAUGAGGAGGACCACACCAGAGAGCAAACAAGGCAGCGGCCCAGGAGCACAUACUCUGCAAUGACACUAGACAUGUAUAUUUUAUUAAUGUCAUGUGUAGGAGAAGUAGCAGUAAGGCUUUAUGGUUAAGUUUGAGUUCGAGAGUCAGACAUGGUUCAAAGCCACUCUGAAAUUUCCCAGAUAUAUGACUAUGAAUGUCACUUAAUUCCAGUUUUGUCAUAUGUAAGAUAGUACCUGGCUUCAAGAAGUUAUUAUGAAGAUUAAGGUAAACAGUCACAUAUACAGUGUCUGACACUUGGUAAGCUGUCAGUAAGUAUUACCUAUUAUUAUUUCAGCUCAACACCCUUGAUUAUAUUGUACUUUACAAGCUAAAAUGAAUUUUAUGAGACCAUUUUUCAUGACCAAAAACUCUUGCAUUUCCUAAGAUGUAAACUUACCUAACAAAAAUAUGAAGAUUAUAGUGUUUGCUUCCAGUUUUAUAAGCUAGGCUGUUUUCAUAUUCAUUAGCCAUUUAACUGACAGCACUAUUAUAAGCAUUUCCUUCACCAUAUAAAUAAAAAAAUGGGGUUCAAAGAGUGACUUCUUUGCCUCAGAUCCCAUGACCACUAAGCUACAGAGCCAGAUUUAGUACCCAAAUUGUAGCCCUAAAUACAGGGCUAUUUCUGGAUCUCUGAAUCAUCCUACUGAUUUCAAAAAUAACUGCUUCACACAUGGAAUUGAGAUGAAUGGUUAUACUCCUGGUUUUUAACCAUCAGAGUCUCUGUGAUACUCUUCUAUAAAACAAUGAUUUGGCAGGACUAAUCCAUGUUACUGUAUAAAAUCCAACAAAGAAUUUAUGGAGGUAAAUUCUCAGUUUGAGGAAGAUGCAGACUGCUGAAAACUCCUAACAAAAUUAAUUUUUUUACAAAACCAACAAUUCUGAGAUACUUAUAAAAGGGAAAUAAAAACAGUAUCUUCAAGACUCCAGCAUCAUCUGUGUGUUGAUACCAGACCAACCCAAAGACACUCCACAAAAGCUGUUAUCUAGAACAGUAUCUUUCAAAUCAUUUUUAAGAAAUACAUUUUACUUUACAACCUAUGUAUGUAUCUCUGUCUAUUUUACAUAUAAUUUGUAUACACACAUAAUACUCUCCUUAUAUCUGAACUUACUUAACAUUUUUUAUUCUGCUUCAUUUGAAAAAAAUGUUGGCUGGACCCAUUUAAUUCACUUCAAGACCCAAACAACUUUGAAAAACACUGAAUCAAAAGGAUACAAAGGUUAUUUGUAUUAUCAUACCAUAAAAUAAAGAUAUUUUAAAAGCACACCUCAUCUUAUCAAGGAAAAAAACCUGAUACUGAUAUACACUGACAGGGAACUGAUAUUAAGAGCAUACUUGCUAUAAAUAUUUCACACCCCACACUCUAAAGCAAUUGAAAGAAAGGGAUCAUUAUUGUCCUAAAUUUUUCUUUUUUUGGUCUAUUUAAUACUAAUGAAUCAAAAUUAAAAAAAUAACAACUAAGAAGAAACAGGGAACACCCAACUUGAAAUCUAAAUUUUAUCUUCAACCUCUUUAAAAGUAGAGAGAAAAGACAGGAAAAAACAAAAUUUGGUGUCAAUUUGAGAUUCAUUUUGCAUUUUUAAUUAAAUGUAAAUAUAUAUAUAUAUACUAGUUAUCCCUAAAUUCUGCUUAACUUUCUUCCCCCAGAAAUAAUUUUUAGAAUUUUUUACAAAGUAAUUUGGUGACCACUUUUUAGGACUGACAGUUGUGGCAACUUUACUUAAAAUGUGUCCUUGCUUUCUAAGUGUUUAUACUGCAGUUUUCAUUGGGGCAUAUUUGACUAGUUCUGUGUGUGCAUAGAAACUAACCUUCUCAGCCUAAACAAUUGUCUUGCAUAUAUUAUCCAAUCAUUAUAACAAAGGAAGAAUAUGACUGGUUUAGGAAGAAUGAACUAUGAAGACAAAAGGGGGAAAAAAGAGUACAUUCUGUGUAUACUUAAGAAUGAAAUUAAGUGACUGCCCCAGUUAAACCUCUAAAACUGUGAAGUACUGAAUUACUUAACAAACGUGUGUAUCUUUCAGUGUGCUUGCUUAUAUAUUAAUAUUUGCUUAGCACUUACCACAAUGAUCCAGUAUGUUAAGUCCUACAAUAAGUAAAGAGGUAGCAAGGAAAUAACAAAUGACAUAU